AUGGCUUCAGAAGUCAUCCGAGAAGGCUGCCUGGCUAUCAAUAAGCCCUGUGGCAUGAGCUCCGCGCAGGUCAUUCGGGAGUGCCAGAUCGUCUUCAGCCCGUCCGCCGUAUUCAAGCCUCUUAUCGGAUCCGAAUUGGACAGAGCUCGCAAUGACAAGGGUUACGCUACCGGUAAACGGUUGAAGAGACAGAAACCACUGGUGAAAAUGGGCCAUGGCGGUACACUUGACCCUCUUGCGACCGGCGUCUUGAUUUUGGGGAUUGGGUCUGGCACCAAGGCUCUUCCGCAGUUUCUGAACUGCGUCAAGACAUACGAGACCACGGUCCUUUUCGGCGCAAGCACAGAUACUUACGAUCGCGUGGGUCGCAUCAUCAACAAACGCCCGUACGAACACAUCACAAAGGAAAAGGUCCUCAAGGCUAUGGAGGCGUUCAAGGGGAAGCAGAAGCAGGUUCCGCCUCUGUUCUCGGCACUCAAAAUGAACGGAAAGCCUCUGUACGAAUAUGCGCGCGAAGGAAAGCCAAUUCCUCGUGAGAUUGAGGCCCGAGAAGUUGAGGUCAGCGAACUAGAACUUGUAGAAUGGUACGAACCAGGAAAGCACAACCACAGAUGGCCGACAGAGGAGGCUGAAGCAGCAGAGCGCAACAUUGCUGAGCAGGUUUGGCGACUCAAGAAGCAACAGGAAACAUCGAAGAAUCUCACACCGGAAGAGAAGGAGGAGGAUAACCAGGCAAUCGAAGCCCACGAAAAAUUUAAGCGCAAAUUCGAGGAGAGGCAAGACUCUCUGAUCAAGGAUCAGCCCCCCAAGAAGCGAAAUCGUCAGGAAAAGCACCCGGCCAUGAUGUCGGGUGCUCUGGGCAAACUUCCCCGUGGUCUCUCUGACAAGGGCCGCGACCUAAUUCCAGCCGCGCCCGAUGCAAGCACACCUCCUCCCUGGAGCGACGAAGGCCCACCUGCUGCGAAGAUUCGCAUGACCGUUUCAUCUGGAUAUUAUGUUCGUAGCUUUUGCCACGAUCUCGGGGCUGAGCUAGAUUCGGCGGGUCUCAUGGCUGAGCUUUGUCGCAGCCGGCAAAGUGACUUUACGGUUGGAGGUACCACUUGUCUUGAGUUUGACGAUCUGGCCAAAGGAGAGGAAGUCUGGGGCCCAAAGGUGAGCGACAUGCUUGACCGUUGGAACGCUGAGCCCGGAAGUCAAUGGCAACUACUGCCAAAAGAGAAAAAGAUGAGACCAAGCCGACCCCAGGAGGAUGUUUCCAACAUUAUCGAAGAGAAGCCCGUUGAACCAGAGAACAAACCUUCACAUAGACCGAGCCCUCCUGAACCACAGUCAAAAUCCGUGGAGGGGAAUUCAUCGCCUCGCAAGGCAGUGAAUGGCGAACGCCGCGAACGAAGUGACGAUGAAAAGUCUUGGAACGGCAUUGAAGACUGA